GGUAUUAUCCUGAAGUUAUUUAAGAUCUAUCACCCCACGAUACUUUAUCAUUAUUCUCAUCAACCAUCAUCUCUCUUCUUCUAUUACUCAUAUCUCUCUCUAUCAUUCCCAAUCUCUUUACUACAAUCAAAUCAUAUUCAAUAUGCUUUUCUCAAGAGACUUUAUCAUGCUUUUGGCAUUCGCCGCUGUUGGCGCUGUCGCUGCACCUGUUGCAGAACCUCAACCAGAAGCCAAAGCUGAUGCUUCUCCAGCGGACUAUGGUAACUAUGGUGAUUACGGAAACUAUGGAACAUACGAGAAAUACCCAUCCUCUUCCUCCGUCAAACCUACCCCAACACCAACACCAACUGGAUAUGGUAGCUAUGCCAGCUACGGUACCUACAAGAACAAGAAUGUCAGAGAAGCCGCACCAGAGCCUGCUCCAGUAGAAAAGCGUGCUGACUACGGAAACUAUGGAGACUAUGGUGACUACGGAAACUAUGGUAACUACGAACACUACCCUUCCGCCACCCCUUCCAGCUCGUCAUCAAGCUCCUCAUCAGCUACGCCAACUCCAACUCCAACCGGUUAUGGCACAUACGCCAACUACGGAGCAUACAAGAACAAGAAGGCACGUGCUCCAGAAGCCAACCCAGAAGACUAUGGAAACUAUGGUGACUACGGUGACUACGGCAACUACGAAAACUACCCCUCCGCCUCCACCUCUUCCACCACCGUCACCCCAACCCCAACUCCCACCCCAACCGGCUACACAAACUACGGUUCCUACGGUACUUACGACAACUACAAGCGCGAAGCCGAUAACGCUCAAGCUUAAGCCGAUGAAUCUUUUGACGAAUUUUAUUUUGUAAUUACUACACUCCUUUAUGACUGAAUGAUAUACGCCCCUUUAGACAAAUAAUGAUUAUUAUAAUGAUACGAUACGAUAUGGUAUGAAACUGCUCCUACAGCAAGCAUGGAUUUGGGAACGAAGAACGAGAAUAAGAGAAGAUGGAUGAAUGGAUGGAAGGAUUGAAUAGUUUAGCUUGAGCAAUCGAAAGAAAGAAACUCUGAUCCUUAACCUUUUA